GAAAGAGGAGAAAUCGCACCAAUGUCUGCGGAAAGGGACGCCAUUGAAGCACUGAUUGAGGUGAGGAAUCAAAAAUGUGCAGCUUCUAUCCGCUUUGUGUCACUUGUCGCUCGUGUGUCCACCACACCCAUGCUACAGGCCGGUAUCGGCGGCGGGAAGAGCGGGUCCAAGUCGCGGUCCAAGCAGCGCGAGGAGCGGCUGGAGAACGGCUACGGCAGCCACGAUCGCAACGAGCGUCAAAGCCGCAGCAAGGGGCGCGACAGGGACUAUGACGACUAUGACGACGACGAUGACCGCGACAACAGACGCGACCGGCGGGACAGGGGCAGAAGACACAGAAGCAGGAGCCGCAGGUGCAUGAGGGCAAGCGCGUGGCGGGGAGGACAGCAAAGAACCGGCAAUCCGAUGUGGUUGGGGUGUGUGUGUGUGUGUGUGGUGCAGUGUUGAGCGUCGCCGUGCGCGUGAGGAGAAGGAGCGUUUGCGUGAGGAGGAGGAAAGACGACAACGGGCGGAGCUGCUCAGGGCCGAGGAGGAGGAAAAGAGACGUACGUGAGCUGGCUAACAUGUGUCCUGGCUGUAGUGUGGUGCACCACAGCCAUCCAAAACACAUUUCACAUACACACAAGGUGGCAGGCUGUGUGUGAUCUGAUCUCGAUGAUGACUGACGUGUGUGUGCAGGCCGUGAGAUUGAGGAGGCGCGGCGUGACGAUUUGACGGUGCUGGUGCUGAACCUGUCACUUAAAGCCGACGAGAGAGACGUCUAUGAGUUCAUGUCAGAGGUGCGUACGUCCUAUCUAUCCGCCACACACCACCCGGACACUUCGAGGGCGUGAUCCGAUCGAUCCGGUGCUGUCUGCGUGUUGGUUGGUGUGUUUGCGUGCAGCAUGCAGGUAAGGUGAAGGACAUCCAGGUCAUCCGCGACCAACGAUCGGGCAAAUCCAAAGGGUAAGUAGGGGAGGGAGGCACUGACUGCACUGUGCACACAGCUUGGUGUGUCGACGACUCUGUGUGGCUGGCUGUUGUGUCUGUCGCCUUGUUUCAGUGUUGCGUAUGUGGAGUUGUACACACAGGAGGCCCUCAUCAAGGCGCUCUCACUCAGCGGGUCCCCCAUCAAAGGUACACACACACACACAAACACUCACACACAAGACGCAGAGGCCAAGAGGAGGACAAAAGCGAAAUCGCGUGUGUCAUUCAUGUGUGUGCAGGGGUUCCUAUCAAGGUGCAGGCGUCGCAGGCUGAGAAGAACAGAGCUGCCAGAGCGGCCAAGUGAGCACACGAACGAGGGCCUGCCUAUUGUAUCUGUCUGUGCUGACGGAUGGGUAUGUAUGUAUGUAUUUGUGUCGCCCCCUGCCUGCAGGGAGAUGGCGGCUCAGGUUGCGUCCAGCGAGGGUCCGCUCAAGCUCUACGUCGGCAACCUCACCGACAAACUCGCAAACAUCACCGACUCAGAACUCAGAGACGUAACCACACCACAUGACCUGUCUCACUCACUCACUCAUUCACUCUCUCUGUGUGUUCGUCUGCCUGCCUCUUGUGUGCAGUUGUUCAGUCCGUUUGGCGCGAUUGACAACGUGGACAUCCACAAGGACCCCUACACGGGUUUGUGUCGCGGGUACGCCUUCAUAGCCUUCCGCAACGCCGCUGACGCCAAGGAGGCCAUGACGGCCAUGAACGGCUUCGACAUAUCGGGCAAACAACUCAAGGUGGGAUGGAGGGAGGGGGGGAGAUGUGCGUGUGUGUCUGGUGUUCGUAUGGGUGAUGGAUGUUGCUGUGCUGUGCUGUGCUGUGUGUGCGCGCUCUGUCAGGUUGGUUUAGCGACUGAGUCGAAGAACCAGCUCCAGCAGCAAGGCCUGUAUGGCCCAUCGGUGAGUGGACAGACACAACACAUCAGAGCUUCAUCUCCGUCCAUCUGUUGAUCACGCUGUGUGUUCCCUCCCUCCGGCCAUCGAUGCAAUGCAGCUCUUGAUGCAGCAGCAGGCGGCUGCGGACGCCCUGGACAACGAGCGGCUGGAGGAUGCGGGUGGGGGGCUGAUGUCGGGCAACACGGCCAAGAUCGAGUUGAUGAAGAAACUCGCACGGGAUGCCCAACUGGCGUCCACCUCCACCACCCCUACGGUGCCCCAGGCACCCAUGGUGGCCGGCAUGGCCUACCCAAAUGGUAAGUAACGCUGCACCCACCGCCUCCUCCAAUCCACGUGUGUGUGUGUGUGUUGUGCCAAUGCGUGGCUGGCUGCCUUUCCUCUCUCAUCUCAGCCUAUUCCGGUGUCCCCCCUGCCGCUGCUGCGCCCAUCGCCCCGUCGGGUGAGAUGUCGAGCAACAUAGUGCUGAACAACAUGCUCUCGGCGUCGGAGGUCAACCUGGAGUCAGACCCGACCUUCUUCGAGGACGUCAUGGAAGACGUCAAGCAGGAGUGCAGCAGCCACGGCACCGUCGCGCGCGUGUGGCUCAGCCGUAUCAACAUCGAUGGCAAAGUGUGGGUCAAGAUGCAGGACGUCCAGCAGGCCGUCAAGGUCGCACAGGCCCUCAACGGCAGAUACUUUGCCGGUACGUCAGCGAGGGGGGGGGACGCGAUGCGCUGUUGUUGUUGAUGUGGCAUAUUGGUGUGGUGUGGUGUGGUGUGGUGCAGGUAAGCAGAUCGUGGUUGAAUUCGUCGCCGAUUCGGUGUGGAACGCCAUCGUCGGACCAGCGUGAUUGAUGAGACAUCAGGACCCUCUCGACCGACACACUGACUGUCUUCAUGGCUCAUGGCUGGCUGGAUGGAUGGUGACCUUCACAGGACCCACCAGAUGUGGAGGGCGGGAGAGGAGAGAGGGAGUUUUCAAGGGAGCGGCGCGCUGGACCCGAGCCAUCCAUCCAUCCAUCCGUCCAUCCGUCCAGCGAUCGAUUGCAUACGUACCUACAUGAGUGUGGUUGGCGUGACUGACCGAUCGUGGCUGCAUUCAUCGUGUGUGGGGCUGGCUGACGACUGGAUGGAUGGAUGGGUGGAUGGAUGGUCCAGUCCGUCAUUUUGCUGUAUGUCUGUGCAGGCUAUCGGUCGGCCGGUCGGUGCCUACCUGGCCUACCUGGCCUGGCCUGGUCUAUGCGCUAUCUAUCUCUCUCUGUCCGUCUGUCUACUACACUUGCACAGUACGUACGUAUGUUAACUUUGUAUUUCUUACAGGAGGCCGGUCCUGGCCGGAUGGAUGGGGGCGGCGGACUCGCGCUCACACACACUAAUAUAGGUGAACGACUCUGAACACACCCUCCGCAGAUCGAUUUCCUGCAGGCCGCGAGCCACAACGAGAGAGCAAUAACGAACGCCCCAGUGAACCGAACCACUGGCGGACACAUCAGUUGGCAGGGGGGAGGGGGAGGGAGAUGGGACAACGAUGAGAGUAUCACCCAUUAAUAACAGCGUCCGUCUGUUGGCAUUGCUUCUGCCCCUCCCAGGCCCUAUCGACAUCGCUAGCCGAUUGAUACCUAUCACGGAUGGCAGCGAAGACAAAAGAGAGCGUGUCUCCUUUGGCACACUUGAAUGGAUGGAUGGAAUGAAUGCACACACCCCAAUAUUUAUAUGCUCCAUCCGCAGCACUCGUGAGUGGAUCGGAUCUUGUACGUACCUCAGGGCCGUCGACAUCCCAUGAUACGAGGGGGAGUUCGGCUUCUCGUGAUAUGCGCAUUUUAUCGGUGGCAAGACAUACAUGGAUGGAUGGAUGGAUGGAUGGCAAGGCAGGCAGACUCAUGCAGUACGGACCUUUCCGUAAAGCUCAAGUGUUACUUGAAGGACA